UCGGGUUUAUGUAAAUAAAUAAAAAUAAACACCGGAUUGUUUAUAAUUAUUAUAAUAAAUAAAGAUUUUUCAAAACACAGUGCGCACAAAAAAAACACGUCCGUUCGCUUUAAGAAAAAGUGAGGAAGUAUGGUCCAACAAGUUUUGUAAGGAGACUUGAGCUUAAUUUUUGUUGCAAACUAUUCCAUGAGGCCUACAUUUUAAUUUCUCCUCUACUAUUUUCGAAUAUGGCAAUAUAAAAAAACAGAAUCCAAUAUUGUUGUAUCUUAAAAAGUUGAAAUAAAAAGAACAACUACGAAAAUGUUGGCCUUUCACAAUGAACAUAUUGGCAGUAAUUCAUUUCUUGCUUAUUUUAGUACAGAAAGUUCUGUUACUCCUGCAAUGUCUCCCACGUUAACAUCUCAUACAUUCCUCUAUGAUGAUAAGCAAUUUUUAUCUGGGCAUUCAUGGUCAGAGAAGGCAGAUGCUGGUUGUUUUAAAAUGGAAACUGCUUCUAAAAAUUCAAUUUUAAAUACGCUCAGACGAAAAAAUUCUCAAAUUUUUACUAAAGUUCUCGACCUCCAUUGUUACAAAAAUAUUUUUUUCAAUAAAGCUUAUUUAUAAAAAACGUAUUCUUAAAAUAAAGAAUUUCUAU